GUGCGGGUGUGUGCGCUCGCGGGGUGUGAGCGCGGGGCGGCGCGGCGGGGGGGGCGCAGGGGCGGGCCAGCGGCAGCGGCGCUGCUGGCCGCGGUCCAGCCCGGCGCACUAAUACAGGCUGGCGGCUCCCGCCUGACUGACGCCGGCCGGGGCUGCUGCUGCCGCUGCCGCUGCGCCCUGGCCCCGCCGCCGCCGCCGCCGCCGCCGCGCAGCUGCAGCCCCGCUCCCGCCCGCGGCGCGCCGAGACCCCAACCCGCGCCCGGUGGCAGGCUUCAUCAGCAGUUUCUUGAUGUUUGGAAAGUUCUGAGACCCACCCUAUUGGACUACUUGUAACCAGUGCCUAAGACUACAAAAAUAUAUGUGUGGAAGAACCUUUCCUUGAAGGAAGUGUCCAUCUCAAUAGUGUGGGAGCUCCACAGUGUGCAAGCCUUGCAAGGCAGGAGAGUGAUUUGCGCUUCCGUUGACGCUUGUGUGUAAUCUCCGCUUCUUAUGCACUCCAGCACCCCUAUCAGUUCCUUGUUCUCCUUCACCAGCCCUGCAGUGAAAAGGCUGCUGGGCUGGAAACAAGGAGAUGAAGAGGAAAAGUGGGCAGAAAAAGCUGUCGAUUCCUUGGUGAAGAAGUUAAAGAAGAAAAAAGGUGCCAUGGAAGAACUGGAAAGGGCUCUGAGCUGCCCAGGUCAGCCCAGUAAAUGUGUCACGAUCCCACGUUCCUUGGAUGGGCGACUGCAGGUGUCUCACCGCAAGGGGCUUCCCCACGUCAUAUACUGCAGAGUGUGGCGCUGGCCUGAUUUACAAUCUCACCAUGAGUUGAAACCACUGGAAUGUUGUGAGUUCCCAUUUGGCUCAAAACAGAAAGAAGUGUGCAUUAACCCCUACCAUUACCGGCGGGUGGAAACCCCAGUCCUACCUCCUGUACUUGUUCCAAGACACAGCGAGUUUAACCCUCACCUCAGCCUCCUCGCCAAGUUUCGAAACACUUCUCUGCACAGCGAGCCGCUGAUGCCACACAAUGCCACCUAUCCUGAUUCUUUCCAGCAUCCUCCAUGCACCCCUUUUCCGUCAUCACCCAGCCACAUGUUCUCCCAGUCGCCUAACAGCAUCAGCUACCCCAACUCACCAGGAAGCUCUUCUGGACCAGGAAGUCCCUAUCAGCUCACAGUGGAAACUCCACCCCCGCCUUACCAUGCAAGAGAACCUCCAGGAAACCACAAUGGGCGGUCAAUGGAUGCAAUAGCUGAAAGUCAACUAGUGCUGUCUUUGCCCAAUGGAGGUAAAUCUGCCGAUGGAGAAGCUGAAAACUUUCGGCCUGUUUGCUAUGAGGAACCUCAACAUUGGUGCUCUGUUGCCUACUAUGAACUCAACAAUAGGGUAGGGGAGACUUUCCAGGCUUCCUCUCGAAGUAUCCUUAUAGAUGGAUUUACAGAUCCCUCAAACAACAAAAACAGGUUCUGCCUAGGACUGCUCUCAAACGUAAACCGCAACUCUACUAUAGAAAACACCAGGAGACACAUAGGAAAAGGUGUUCAUCUUUACUAUGUCGGUGGGGAAGUUUAUGCUGAAUGUGUCAGUGACAGCAGUAUUUUUGUGCAAAGCCGCAAUUGUAACUACCAGCAUGGUUUCCACCCAGCCACUGUGUGCAAGAUCCCCAGUGGCUGCAGCCUCAAGAUCUUCAACAACCAGCUCUUCGCGCAGCUGCUUGCCCAGUCAGUCAAUCAUGGUUUUGAAGUGGUGUAUGAGCUGACCAAGAUGUGUACUAUUCGAAUGAGCUUUGUUAAAGGCUGGGGAGCAGAGUAUCAUCGCCAAGAUGUUACAAGCACACCCUGCUGGAUUGAGAUCCACCUGCAUGGACCAUUGCAAUGGCUCGAUAAGGUGCUGACACAGAUGGGCUCACCUCAUAACCCCAUCUCCUCAGUCUCUUAAGAAUCAUCUCUAAAAUUCCCUUAGGAUGGAUGCUAUUGCAGGCAGUGGCUUAUAGAAUUUCCAGUGAACAGAAGCUUCUAUAUGUAGAUGUAUGUAGAUGUAAAUAUAUCUAUAUAUAGUCUAAUCUUUUUUUUUUUUUUUCAUGCUACGUUUUGUGGUUUCUAGUUACUCUGAUGCCAGUACAAUAAGUUUAGAAAUUCAGGUAUAGCAUAUCUGUUCUCUAGUACAAAAUAAGCCAAAUUCCUGCAAAAGUGUCAAACAUUUCCUGUGAGCAUCUUCAUUCCUCAGCCAAGCCAGUAAAACGGUGCGAAUUCUCAGCACUUUCAUUGGGUUCAGAAACUUGGCUGUAGCUGUUCCUAGUAGGUGAAAUUCACCCCUUUGCAGGCAACCAAAGUCAGAUCUCUGCACCGUUUAUAUCCAUUUUACAUCCUAAUUUCAGGUCUAAAAGAGGACCUUAGGUGGUGCACAGGACUUAUGCAUAGAGAUGACUUUUAUCCAGUGAACUGAAGGACUAAACUGCAAUUCCAGUCUGUCUCCGUACUGCAAAGCAUGAUGGGACAACAGAUCCUCUGAGGAGCUGAGGCACCCCUGUCUCCCCUAGGAUUUGGCAGGAGGACAGAGCCCUCGGGACGCGUUCAGCACUGGAGCCUUAUCAGAGCAUUCUGGACACAUCCGAGUAGUCUGAUGCUGUUAACGCAGUAGCGUACAGUACUGCUGCACUGAAAAGCAACAAGCUCCUAAGGAAAAGAAAAAGAAAAAAAGAAAAUUUGAAAGAUAUGCCUACAAGUUUAAAAACUAACUAACUUCCAGUGCUUUUUUGUGAAGUACAUACAUACUUGCAUAUGUAUCUGGCAUGUAAAUUGAAUCCUAUCCAUUAUACAGUAUUGAUGUAGUUUGUUUUAAAGUUAGGACUGUCUGUAGUUAGACUACUGUGCUGAUAUCAAGGGUACAUCUAAAAGGGACUUGAACUGUGAUUCAGAAAAGGGAAAUGAAGUGUGCAUUGACGAACUGAAUAAUUACUUUAUCAUUCAUCUUGGGGUAGUCUUUGUACUGGGUACAGGAAGCCCCACACUCACAGGGUGCAGUGAGAAGGACGCGGGAGUCAGCCACAUCCACCCCUGUGCUGGGCCAGUCCUCAGGAUCUGACUGCAACGCUUGAGUUUGACAGAGGGGGCUCCCUGCCAGUCACUUCAUACAUCCCCAUGGAUGGGUUCUCAUCUUAGAUGUAGGCUUCAUCAUUUGCAGUGCUUUUGCCUUGCCUGCAGAGGAUGGUGAGGCAGUGCAAGCCACGAACAAGCCAAGAGUGAAUCUAUGCGCAGAAUUUUUUUUAAAAGCUCCUUGUCUGUGGUCCUUCUGUAAGCAGGGAAACUUAUUGCCCAUACUGUCAUCAACAGAGUCAGCCUUACAAAAUGCUGUUUGCUUGGUAGCCUUUUCUGAAGAGGCAGGUGAAACUUACUACAUUUUGAUGGUCCCCAUUACCUUGCUGAAAGAGUAGAGGACUUUUUCUUUCCAGGCAUAAAGGCCACUGAAAAUUCUUUUGCUUUAAGGGAUGGAAAGGGUGAUAACUUCUCCAAUCUCAUUCCUCCUUAAAACACGCCAGAAGUAUCCUGAGAAAAAAAAAUAAAUUUACAGAAUGUGUCUUUUCUUCUCACACAAUAUUUGGUGCUGCACAUUUUACUGCAUAAUUAGAAGAGGAUGCCUGAAAUCUUCAGCUACAUCACAUAUGCAAAUCAAAUAACAUUCACUGGAGAGAUCUCUGUGUGUUUUAGAUGCUAUGUAAUACCUUUUGUGGGGUGGUAAUUAUGAACAGAGCAGAAGAAUCAGUAAACUAGCAGGGUUACUUCAUUUGAAUGCAUCUUCAACUGCCUGCAGAAUUUGUAGGGCACAGAAGGAUAAACUGUUGUUAAGUUUGAGCAGUAAUAGCAAGUUGUAUAGGAAAUUUGUAAAUGCAAAGAACCCUAUUGUGUCACCAUUUGAUGUCAGCAGUGCCACUGUGGGAUAGGAAAAGCUUUACAGUCUCCUGCAGCAAUGAAAUCCAACAAUAAUGUUACACAGAAAUUCCAGGUGUGCCAUUUACUGUUUAGUAGACUUGAGAGAGAUCAGUUUGGAAAAAGAUAUUUUUCUCAGCUCCCUCAAUCAUCAGUGUCACUGUACUGAAGUACUGGUAACACCGUUUCUAGCAUGUUUAUUACACCUUUUCUCUGGUAAUUCCUCUGUGCUUUUCAUGUUGUUCAUCCCUUUGCUUUCGUAGCAGCUAAGGACAGAGAAAAUCACCUUUCCUGUCCAGGAUCCAGUUCUGUCCUUUAUCCUAGAUUCUUCCUAGCCUUUUAGGCUGAAACCUCCUUCCCUCCUAAUACAGAGAGGAGCCUAGGGGUUCCUUUUAGACACUCCCAGCGUUACCAUCUUCCUUGCAGAGAGCAAAGGGGGACAUCUGAGGUGCACCUGCUCUUGGGCAGCUCCAGAACCCAGUUUCCUGCCGAUGCUGCAGAGGAAAAUUGGAUGGCCAGUGAAAGGAAGCAGGUUCUUCAGGGGCGUCAUUCAUUUCGUCAUAAGGCAGGUAUUUCAAGUAGGUGAAAUACAUAGUGCUCUGAGCAUGCUUGUGUCUUCCCAGUGAACUCAGGGUCACUAGCUCAGAUGUGGACUGCUACGAUGGACAUAUCCAAAAGUAGUUGAGGUGGGUCCUAGGGAAGAUGCGGUGGCUUUUCCAGCCUAGUAAUUGUGCUUGUUCAAUGUCUGUGUUUAAAUGGAAGUUGGCAAAUUCGGAGCAGUUUUUCCUUUCCUGUAUGUCCUCAUACAAAUAGGAUUUGGCUUCAGUGCAGUCCACACAUGCUUCUCAUUAAAGACAGUCACCUUAAUAUUCCCCUACUAGUAAGUGAAGAGACAUUUCUGGAGCAUGAUUCUUCUGACCUGUUUAAAAUGUCUGCAUUAUGCUAAGAUGAAUUUCAGUGAAUUUGACUAUUUGCUGAAGGUUUGAUUGAAGCACUUGGUUCUGGCCAAUCAAAGCCAACAGCCAUGUUAGCAUUUGGGAUGGCUGGUAUCACUGUGUGAACUCUCCUAUUCUGAUGGCUUCUAGGGGCUUAGUCCACUGUAUGAGAUGCUGCACAGACACAAAGCAGCUGACAGCUCCUUCCCAAGAGAAGGGGAGAUCUCACAUCAUGAGGGAGAAGUGGUAACAGUGGACGAGGCAGACAAGUAAAUAAGAAGAUGAUCCCUGUCCAGAUGCAGUGAUAAAAAGUAAGGCCCAUAAACCAUUUAUUUCCGUCUUUCUGAACAAAGUCUCUCUUGCAGGCUUCUCUACUAUGUGAUUUGGGAUCAGCUGAAAAUCCAGGUUUCUCAUAAUUUACAGCAAUGUAACUUUGUAUCUCACUUUAAUGUCUCCCCAUUUUGGAAGGAGAUAUUUUCUACUGAAAGGUCUUCAUGAACCUAUCAACCUGUAGUCAAUUUAAAGCCUUUAAAUGCACUCAUUAAUACUCAAGCUUUGGAGAUAGGCUUCCUGAGAGAUUUAAAACUACUUACGGCGAGACUACUUAGUCGAAGGCAGAUUUUUUUUCAAUGUUUUUUUGAGCCAUCAACAAUUCAAACCCUCUUGAAAGUUUCUGUGGAGGAGUACCAUGCAUCAGCAGGCAGUGGUGGGAGUUUGAUCAGGCAGUGGCAUAAAGCACAUUCAUGAUGGUACAUAGACCACAUGUUUUCCUAUUAAGUAGCCAAGAGAGGAAGACUGCUUAAUUGCUGCCAGUUCUUCAGCAGCACCAGUGUUAAUGUGCCAUCUGCAUCCAGAGGUGAUGGAAGCAAAUCUGGCACACUGACUGCAUGGAGCCAUUCAGCGGCACUGCUGCUCUGAGGGCUCAGUGCCAUGACCUUGCACUGUAGCAGCUGAUUCAGGUACGGUAUAGCAGCAGCUGUAGCAUUCAGAAGUGCAGCAUGUGCUUUGCCUCCCCAUCAAAGGCUACGCCACAAGAAUCUUUUCGCCUCAUGAGUAUUUCAUGUUUUGCUGUGCUCAGUCAGAAGGAUAAUGUAUCAGCAACAUGCAGGGGAACUGUGGCCCCAAGUAACAUUGAGUUGUUCUGUUAAGGAAAUUCCUUCCGUGUCUCCAGCAGGUACCGUGUCAAGACUUGCACCGCCCUGAGCAGCCCUCUCCGAGAGGUGCCUGCCUUGCGCAGGGCGUCAGACUUGAUGCCCUGCAGAGAUCCCUUCCAGUUUACAUUAUUCUGUGGGUCUGUGCAGAGAUUCAAUCAUAAAUGGCCACCACAGGCAGGUGCUCUCUGAUAGCAGAGAUAGUUUCAGGAUGAAGCAUGUUUAUCCUCAGCUAUUUCUGCAUAAGUUCAGUACAGCGCAGAGUUAAGAAGUACUAAUGUUCCCUCAGAAUAUAAUCAACACUACAAACAUCUCUCUCUGUAAACAUCUUCUCCACCACACAACUCUUAAGAUGGAGAAAAUCAGCUAUUUGUGACUGUUACUUUAUCUAAUCUGCCCUUGUUUUUCCUGGCUUACAACACUCACCUUUGCCUAUAAAUGCUGCCAAUCAGAAAGCCUCACCAGCGACUAAGGCAUUGCACAAACAGCUGGAUUUACAGAGGCAGCUCAGGCAGAGACUGUUUGCUUCUUGGCUGGAUGGAAACAGUUUAGAAAGAAGCUUGAUCAAAUUCAGUCACUUUGAAGGGGUCUCAAGUUUAUGGCCAAUUUGCUUGGCUCAUGAGAGACUGUGCAGCUAUAGCUUUCAGGAAUACUUGAGCACUACAUGGUGCUCAGCCCAGGAAAGAAACAUUACAUCCCCUCUACUACUCACCUCUCUUCCUGGCUCCCCAUAACCUAACUUAGUAAAACCAAAACCAAACACGAUAAAGAAAGAUUAAUGAGUCAUAGGGUAGAGUAAUUAAAUACCAUUUUUCAAAGUUGAGAAGUGCUGCCCAGAAUAUAGAUUUAUAUAAUCAGAAAUGUACCGAAUGUAACGUCCCAUGUGAUCUCCAAGAACAAAGGCCAGCGCUCCUUGCUCUGGAGAAGCCUGGAGAGCAGGCUGUUACCUGAACAGCUGAGCCCAAGCCCUUCUGGGUGAGUGGAAACUCCAGUGAUGGGGCUGAGAAGAUUUUUAGAGGAUUUCUAGUUCAUGGUUGGUUUCUGUAGCCAGAGGUGCAUCGAGAGGAUGAAGGGACCGGGGAGGAGGGAGCAUAUGACCAGAUACGCUCAGUGGUCAUUGCAGGAGGUGUGAAGGCAGUACAUGCUUGGGCAGCCACUGUGUUCACUAGAGCUUUUUACAUUCACAUCUAACCUAACCAUCAAAACCUGUUUUAUGAGCAGCUUGGAGUACCACAGACCUUGAUCUGGUGCUUCUAUACACACAGCCUGGCUGGGUGCACCAGCCUCCUGAGUAAGCCAUUAAGUACGAUGGGGAAAAUGGUGGCCCCUGUGGUCCAGGGAGUUGGAACUGCACUUGCAAGAUUACCCUCUGCCUUGCUGCAGGACUGAUGAGGAGUUCCGCUUUGGGCAACCAUUCAAGGGCACUGUAAGCACAUCCAGUGUGUGCUCCCCAAAGAAAACUUCAGUCUGAACAGAAACUGCACAAUGGAAAGACACGGAUUAUAUAGAGUGUCCACCUGGGAAUUGCAACAAAGCAACUCACUUCAUGCACAGGUGGGAAAUUGCAGUGCCCAAAGGAAGAUGGAAUCAGCAGGAGCCUUCACAGGGACUCCUGACAAUGGAAUAACAUUUGUAACAGGAACUAAGAAUGGACAAGUGUCCUUUCCUGAGACCAAGAGGUCAGGUCACCCCAUCUUGCGGCAGGGAGAGAGAUUAUAUGAGUCUCAAGAUCUGCGAAUAGAAAGCUUCUCAACCUGGAGGCUUCAUUGCAGUCACCAAAAUGGGGCUUCUUAAUGGCACCUCUGGGAGUACCUUUCUGCAAGGUACAGAAAGCCUGAGUGGGUAUUUAGUCUUUGAUCAGCAGAGAGAAAUUGCUUCGCGUCUCUAAUGCAGACAGACACUUCUGUAUGUUGUGCACCAGCACAAAACAGCCUUUGGUUUGUACUGAUCAUCUACUCAUAGGAAGCUCCAGAGUGGCCAGGAUCAGCCAGGAUCCUGUUACCUGUUGACCCCAGGGCUUUCCAAACAGCUUGCCCCGGUGUGCCUUAAGUUACAUUGCCAUAUUGAUGCCACAGUUUCCUGCCAGGGAGGUGAGACGUUUGAAAGUCCUAUCGAGAGGACACCUCCACUUGCACCUGGGCCAUGCUUGCAAACUUGGUGCCUGUACAGAUAACGAAUCUUAUUUGCAGGCUGUGUCUCUUAUGCAAGGUAGACAUAACCACUAUGUCCUCCAGAGUCAGCUACUCUUCCAUUAUAGCCAAUGUGAACAUUUGCAGCUAAUCGUGAACAGUUUUUAGAUCUUCAGUCGUAGUGUUUUUAUUAUCCAUGGAUGCUGCUAUUUUAUAUUCUAUGUUAGUAUUCAAAUAAUAUUGCAUAUGAAUAGCAUAGGAAGAAAUAGACCAACCAGUUAAUAAUUUUAAAUACAGACCUCAUCAGCAAAGAAAAGCUAGAAAAAACUCAGUAAAGUCUGACCCCUUGCACUUUCACAGUAGUGAGCACAUCAUGUUUCAAAGUGGUUUUUUGAUGCUAAAGUGUGUGCUACAUCUUAUUAAUUCAAUGGCCAUGAGAUGCUUUGCAAACAAGAGAGCAAGGGAACAAACACAUUGAUGAGAUAACGCACAUUCAGAUAAAUUUUCUUCUUUACUCAAGCAAUUGGAGUUUUUAAUUAUUUAUAAUACUAAGUACGAGUACCACAGCAUACUUUCUGCAGAUAAAUCAGUGUUAGCAAUUUAAUCCAUCAUUUCGGUAUCAGCUCUGUGAUAUAAAUUGGGCUGAGAAGUGAGACAAGAAAGUGGAGAAACAGGCCUUUUUGUGUGGAUCAAUGAAGCCAAAAGGUUACAAAGUUCUAUGCAGUCAAGGGGCCAAAAUGGUGGAUUUGAGCAGGGUGUGGUUUUUUUGUGUGAAGUAUGAGCUAUCAGUCUGGUGCAGAAAAGAACCAUGAAUCACAGAUACAACGACUGCUAAUCGCAUGGACAUUUUCACAAGCAUUCCUCCUACUGCAUUUGAUUUCAGGCACUCUGAAGUCAACAUAUUUAGUCUGAUGUUUGAACAAUACACUUUUUAACACACUCCGUUUUCUUUGGCUGGAAUUAUUCUAUUGUAAAAGGGAUUAUUCACGUCUUGUGUUUUACUGUUAAUAAAGAUAUUUCUGA